ACGGUGCGUUAGGUGGCGCACAACUUUAGGCGUGUUACUGCAGUUUAAUCGCUGCGGAUUGAAUCCGAACUGCGAGUCUGCGAUUCGCCCCAAAUUAGCGUCAGCGGGGGUAGCACAUGGUUUGUAGAUCAGCGGAAACACCCGUGCGGACUGACGAGCGCACCGCAGAGUUGUCACUCUCCCAACCGUCUCAUGUGCGGUUUACGGACUAGGUGCGGUGUAGAAGAAAAAGUUGUGGAUAUGGUUUCCUGGAAGUGCACACUUUUACGGGCACACUGUGCAACUCUCUUACCGCAGUGUUGACGCUUCUCUCUCCAGCCUGUGUGGACUUUGGAGAGUUUCCCCCCUGUAGGUGCCGCCAUAUUGUGUGCGCUAGUGAAACUCGAGGGGAAAGUUGUCAGAGGAGUUAUGACAUUUGCUGCGCAGUAUCCCUUCAUGGGUCUGCGUGCAGUCAACUUUGAUCGAAACCCAAGUGACUCCGCGGAUCUGCGUGCUGCACACCGUUGACAAGGUCUGGCAACCUCACAAAAAGAGAAGAAUGGACACAGAACCUCAGAUUUGAUUGUUGGAGGAGUGCUUCAUAUUCCUCCACCCUGCACUUUCCUCUGGGAUUUAUAUUUCCUCCCAAAUACCUCUGUAUACACAAUAAAACAAAGAAUUUGUGACAAAUAGACACUAGGCUAGAACAUAAUUUUGCACCGCAGUUAAACAAGACAAAGCUCAGGAUCUUUUUUGUACAUUACAAUAUUAGUAUGAGUCUCCCUCCUCAGGUCAAUACUGACAAGAGUGGCAAGCAUUGCGCUGUAGCCAUGAAGGAGUCUGUGCAGCAUUCUGGGGAGGUUUAUUAUGGUAUGGCGCCUCCCACCUUAGAGGCAAGCCACAGUGAUUCUGCUAGCAGCUCUGGCGUUUACAACACAGAGAAAGGGCCCCAAAGUUUACCACACUAUCAACAGAAUGCUCCAGUGAAGUGGAUGCCCCAGGACAACAUUCAGGCCCCCGGCUGGUCUCAGGAAGGCUCCGUGCCAGCCUGGGGGCAGAACUUUGCCCCCUACAUGGGUGGUGUAGACGUCAGGAGUCAGAUGGCGUUCCAUAAAUCGGUCCAUGAAGGCAUGGUUCUACCAUUGGGGGGAGAAAAUCAACUGCCAGCGCCUGAGGUCUACAGAGAGACAAACCAGGCACAAGGUCAGGCAAGAGGACUUGAGUGGGAGCAGCACACUGUGGCUGCAAUGCACCAAGCUGCAAUGUACCAACAGGGCCACAAAGGUGUGGAUCUCCAGCCUCAGCCCCAUGUGCAGCCCCACACAUUGCAAGGAUCAAUGCUUCAGCCCUUUCAGACAACAUAUAGACCCAGCAAACAGCAGUUUCCACCUGGGUAUUACUCUGUUUUUCCAGGAAACAAGGCGAUGCCAAGUAUGGCCUACAGUGAGCAGCCAAAAACCCAACAACAACAACAACAACUCCUGCAUCAGAUGCAGCAACAGCAGCAGCAACAAAAAAUGCAUCUUCAUCACCAGCAGCAGCAGCAGCAGCAACAACAGCAACAACAACAGAUCCAGCAGCAGCAUCAUAUUCGACUGCAGCAACAGCAGCAGCAACAACAACAUUUUCAGCAACAACAUCAAAUACAACAACUGCAGCAGAUGCAGCAGUAUCACCAGCAACAGCUACAGGAGCGACAACAACAAAUGCAGCAAAUGCAACAUCAGCAACUGCCACAGCAGACUGUGGCACAGCAGGACCCAGCAACGCUACAGUUGCAGCCCAAACAGCAGCAGACCCAGACCUUUGCAACAUUUCAGUCUCCUGACGCUUGUCCAUCUGAUGCUGUGUCUAGAAGAGAGAAUGUCCAGACAGUGGAGCUGCAGCCUCCAACCAGUGACACGUCAACUGUACAUGAAAAAGUCUCAGCAGAUCCCACAGAGUCUUCAGAUGCACCGGCGGCAACAGCAGCGGCCGCUCCUCGGCGCUCACGUCGCCUGUCCAGGGAAGGAGUUUCCCCUCUGGCUCCCCCUGUAGCAAACAUCUGGUCUCAGAGCGCCAAAGAACCUUUGCUGCCCCAGAAUGGAGUAACAGCAGGACAGAGAGGAGGAGGAGAAAGCCAGGUGACAACAGGAGGGGUCAUCCAGGUCACCCGUAGGAGAAGGAGGGCAUCCAAAGAGAUCAACUUGGAGACUCUUGCUCAGACGGCCUCCGAAAGGCAGAAAAUCAUUAAGGAGGACAGCUCAGGCAGACAGGUCACCAUGGUGCCGCUGGUCAUCCCUGUUUCUGUGCCGGUGCACAGGAAUCAGGCCGAUCCUCAGGCCGGCUGGUCCCUGGGACACCCUGGUCCUGCCAAGCGGCCUGCAGCACAGUCUGACCACAAACCUUCCGUCAUCGUGGAUCGUCGGCGGCCGCUGAGAAACUCCAUAACUGAGAGCUUUGGUCAGGAUAGUGACAACGAUCCAGGAGUGGACGAGGAUGGAAAACCCAAACUGAAGCGCCGCCCUCGCCCAGAGCCUCUCAUCAUCCCCCCUCACAAGCCAUCCACCUUCAUACCUCCAUCCAUCUACUCCAGCAUCACUUCGUACCAGAGCAACCUGCGCUCACCUGUCCGCAUGCCAGACAAUCCCUUGACCCUCCCCCCGUACACACCUCCACCCAUCCUCUCUCCUGUUAGAGAAGGUUCUGGACUCUAUUUCUCCACCCUGAUGACCAACAUGAGCACAGGAAACCAAAUAUUGCCUCCACCCCCUACACCCAAAUCAGCCACACGCAGCCUGUUGCGCUCCACGAGUUCUGACAUUACACCUCCGGUCCUGCCCUUAAUCUCUGACGUCACACCAGUUAGCCUAGAACCUCGUAUUAAUAUCGGACAGCAGUACCAGGCGGAAAUCCCAGAAAUGCAGGAUCAAGUCUCCUCCCAGUUUGACCAGCACAAGGCCGACGUGGUCUGGGUCCCUGUGGACGACUCUGACCUCAGCGACCAGGAGAGCAUUGAACAUUUGAUGAACAUGGCUUGUUCCAGUGUCCUCAGAGGUGGAGGAACCAACCAGGAGCUGGUUUUACACUGUUUACACGAAUGUGGAGGAGAUUUACUUGAAACUUUGGGCCGUUUGAUGCUUCAGGACCAGGUUUUCCCUGAAGGUCACCUACUAGUGGACUUUCACUACUCAGGCUCCGACCGCUGGACUGCAGAGGAGAAGCGUUACUUCAACAAGGGGAUUUCUGCCUACAGGAAGGAUUUCUUUCUGGUGCAGAAACUGGUGCAGACAAAGACCGUGGCCCAGUGCGUCGAGUUCUACUACACGUACAAGAAACAGGUGAAAAUCGGUCGAAAUGGGAUUUUAACCUUCGGCCCUCCAGAUUCACCGGAGAAGAACACAGAGGCUGUGGUGGAUGUCAAGAGUUCACAGCAGGUGAAACUGGCAGAAGACGACAACAAGACGAAUGUUUCUUAUGAGCAGAGUUUUGAGAGCAGCCAGCAGGCCAGAGUCGCUCAGUCACUACAGGCACAUGACUACGCAGGAACAGUGAUGGUGAUCAAAGAGUCAGAGACUGUGAACAGGGGCAUGGAUCUACCACCAGCUCCUCACAGGCCCCGAGCUGAAGCUGCAGCCAAGAAAACCAAAGUCCAAACGAAGCCUCCUGAGGAUCCAGACACUGUGUUCCCAUGCAAAAAGUGUGGCAGGGUGUUUUACAAAGUGAAGAGCCGCAGCGCCCACAUGAAGAGUCACGCCGAGCAGGAGAAGAAGGCAGCAGCGCUGCGUCAGAAGGAGCAGGAAGAGCUUGCAGCAGCUGAAGCUCGGGCCAGGAAGGCUGCGGCCGCGGCAGCCGCCGCGGUGGCAGCAGCGGCUGCCCGUCAGUCAGGAAAUGGAAUGAUGGAGCAGACGGAGGACAGCAGUCACGAAGAGUCAUCGGAGGGAGAAGAUGAUGACGAUGAAGACUGGCGCUGAGAGUCAGAAUAACAGAUGAUAAACCAAUGAGAUUUAACAUUGUGUAGACACAGGGUCAACGACAGAAGCAGCACAAGAGACAAUUUUCAUCUCUGCUCACUUCCCCACCAGCUUCACCCUCGCUGUUUUACACUUACUUCAGCUUUAUACCAGGCACUCACACUCCAAAUUUGUUAUAUUUUUUAUAUUUUAAAAUAUUCAGAGACAAGUUGACUAACGUUGCCUUUUUAUAGCCUUUAUUUAAUUGAAUAUGUCAAAGUCUUGGACUUUCUCUUCGAGCAAUAAAACGGCAAAGAUCAAAGCAAUCUUAAACUAUAUGGACAGGGCCCUUUUUUAAAUAAAGAGUUUAUAUUUAAAAUCAUUUGUUUGGGGGAUAUACUGUACUGAACCUUUUUAGAUUUACCAUCCAGACGUUUGAGGUUGGUUGUACACAUCAUUUUUACCGCUAAGGGACCUUUAUGGAAUGAAUAUGUACAAAAAAUUAUAUAUAUAUAAGAUUGACAUAUAUUUAUGAUACAAUGUUUUCAAUGAUUUUGAUAAUAUAAAAGAAAGCCAUCACAAUAAUGUCAGCUGCAAUAUGUCCUCUCAAAUGAAAUGUUUAUUAAAUGUUUAAAUUUG